AUGGUUACCGAGGAGAAAAAAGAAGAGGCUGCAUCACCAGCCGAGCGAGUCACCAGAACACAGCAGGAGUACAAAAAUAACAGCCUGAGAUCUGCGAGGACUAUUACCUCUGCUGCUUCUAAGCAGGCUUCUCGUUCCUUUUCCGGAGGACGAGCAGCAGCUGCAGCUCUUAUGUGUAGAGGAAGAGUGUUGGCUUUAUCUUCAUAUGGUGCAUCUGAAUCAGGAAAUGCAUAUAGGGGCUGGGUUUCUGGAGUUCUUACUCUUACUGCAGCAGCUUACAUGCUUCAGGAGAAAGAGGCACAUGCUGCUGAGAUGGAGCGCACUUUUAUUGCCAUAAAGCCAGAUGGAGUGCAAAGAGGACUGAUUUCGGAAAUCAUAUCUCGCUUUGAGCGCAAAGGUUAUAAGCUUGUUGCCAUCAAAAUUUUGGUUCCUUCAAAGGAUUUUGCCCAGAAGCAUUAUCAUGAUCUGAAGGAGAGACCAUUCUUUAAUGGCUUGUGUGAUUUUCUUAGCUCUGGACCAGUCAUUGCAAUGGUUUGGGAAGGUGAAGGAGUAAUAAAAUAUGGUCGCAAACUUAUCGGAGCUACUGAUCCCCAGAAAUCAGAACCCGGAACCAUCCGAGGGGAUUUGGCUGUUGUGGUUGGAAGAAAUAUAAUCCAUGGCAGUGAUGGCCCAGAGACAGCCAAGGAUGAAAUCAAACUAUGGUUUAAACCCGAGGAGUUGCACCGUGGUGGUGGCGAUGGCGAUGACGACGACGAUGACGAAGAGUUUUUGUUGGAUCUAGUGGUGGUAGUGUUUGAAGAUGUCAAGAACGAAAUUGAACCGAGAAUGGAGAUCUGUGAUCAUCGCUGGGAAGUACAAAUCAAUGGGGCAUUGCAUUCGCUUCUUCAGGAUAUUUCCCAUGUGUAUUCGGACAAGACAUUUAGAAUGAUGGGUUUUAGUGUUGUGAAUGAGAAUCAUUAUGAGUUGAUGCUGCCAAAAGAUAUUCCGAUCGACAAUGUUAGCAUGAAUUUGAAUGUUCUAGGAGGGUGUCUUUCUUUAGCAACGACUAGCAAGUUUCAUGUUGUUAUAUGGGUGAUGAAGAAGUAUGGAGUUGAGAAAUCUUGGAGUCAAUUCGUAUCAGUUGGUCAGAUAAUGAUUAAUUCGAAUGAUAAUUUGUCUGCUUCGAGGCCAAUGUCUUAUUCCAAGAGCGGUGAGAAGGUUCUUCUAUAUGUCAACGAAGAAAGGCUUAUUUGCUAUGAUUUACGUAGAAAUGUCAUUAUUGAUUUUUUCCCAUUUCAUUUUGUCAUGAAUUUUGUAUUCAAAGCCUUGUUUGGCAUAAGAAAAUACAGUAAAAUGAUGCAACAGUAG